AUGUAUCUAUCUCAGUUUGUCCACUAUCUCUCUAUAUCAGUUUGUUCAGUAUCUAUAUGUCUCUCUUUGUUCAGUAUCUGCCUCUCUCUCUCUCUCUCUCUCUCUCUCUUGUAUCUGUCUGUCUGUCUGCCUGUCUCUCUCUUGGUUUGUUUAGUAUCUGUCUGUCUGUCUCUCUCUUGUAUCUGUCUGCCUGUCUCUCUCUUGGUUUGUUUAGUAUCUGUCUGUCUGUCUGCCUGUCUCUCUCUUGGUUUGUUUAGUAUCUGUCUGUCUGUCUGUCUCUCUCUUGGUUUAUUCAGUAUUUGUCUGUCUGGCUCUCUCGGUUUGUUCAGUAUCUGUCUGUCUGUCUCUCUCUUGGUUUGUUUAGUAUCUGUCUGUCUGUCUGUCUGUCUCUCUCUUGGUUUGUUUAGUAUCUGUCUGUCUGUCUCUCUCUUGGUUUGUUUAGUAUCUGUCUGUCUGUCUGUCUGUCUCUCUCUUGGUUUGUUUAGUAUCUGUCUGUCUGUCUCUCUCUUGGUUUGUUUAGUAUCUGUCUGUCUGUCUGCCUGUCUCUCUCUUGGUUUGUUUAGUAUCUGUCUGUCUGUCUGCCUGUCUCUCUCUUGUAUCUGUCUGUCUGCCUGUCUCUCUCUUGGUUUGUUUAGUAUCUGUCUGUCUGUCUGUCUCUCUCUUGGUUUGUUUAGUAUCUGUCUGUCUGUCUGUCUCUCUCUUGGUUUAUUCAGUAUUUGUCUGUCUGGCUCUCUCGGUUUGUUCAGUAUCUGUCUGUCUGUCUCUCUCUUGGUUUGUUUAGUAUCUGUCUGUCUUCCUCUCUCUCAGCUUGAAUUUGUUCAUUUCAUUAUCUAUCUCGUGAUGGGAUUUGAGAGACAUUCAAAAGUUCUUGGAACCUCUUGGAAUUCCAUUUUGUUCAAAGCUGAAAGGCAAGCAAAAGUCUUAUUGGCUGUGACUAACCAACCAAAGAAGCAGUGGAUCCAUUUAUCAGCACCAGAAGCUGCAAAAAGAAGAAAGGCUGACCCAGUUCGCUUCAAACCAAAACCAAUUGAUAGAGACGUCAAAGUCAUUCCAAUCAGCCCCAAUAUGACAAUUGCAGAGAUCGCAGAAAGCAUGGAGAAAAGUAUUGCGUUUUUCUUUUCUUUUUGUUUUUACUUUUCUUUUUGUUUUUCCUUUUCUCUUCUUUUUCUUUUUUCUUUCUUUUUUCUUUUUCUUUCUUUUUUUCUUUAUUUUUCUUUUAUUUUAUUUUUUCUUUUCUUUUUUUCUUUCUUUUUCUUCUUUCUUUCUUUUUUCUUCUUUCUUUUUUUCUGUUUUCUUUUUUUCUUUCUUUUUCUUUUCUUUUUCUAUAUUUUUUCUUUCUUUUUUCUUCUUUCUUUUUCUUCUUUUUUCUUUCUUCUUUCUUUCUUUUUUCUUCUUUCUCCUUUCUUUUUUCUUUCUUUUUCUUCUUCCUUUUUCUUCUUUUUCCUUCUUUCUUUUUCCUUUUUUCUCUUUCUUUUUCCUUUUUUCUCUUUCUUUUUUCUUUUUCUCUUUCUUUUUUCUUUUUUCCUUUCUUUUUCCCUUUUUUCUUUUUUCUUUUUCCCUUUUUCCUUUUUUCUUUUUCCCUUUCUUUUUUCUUUUUCCCUUUAUUUUUUCUUUUUCCUUUUCUUUUUCCCUUUUUUCUUUUUCCCUUUUUUCUUUUUUUUUCUUUUUUUUUCUUUUUCCCUUUCUUUUUUUCUUUUUCCCUUUUUUUCUUUUUUUUCUUUUUCCCUUUUUUUCUUUCUUUUUUCUGCAGCAAAUCAUGUUUUCGAAAUCCUUUUAUAUGUGGUAGAUGGAGAAAAAUAUGACAAAGCAGACAGUAAAAUUGACAAUAUUGACGUCAUCAAAGAGAUUGUUAAAAGAUCAGGAAUGAAAUUCAUCCCGGCACCAAAACGGCUUGAAAAGGUGAAAGAAAACAAGGAUAUUGUUCGACAAGAUCCUCCUGACAGUUCUGUUUUGGUGAAAAGACCUCCAGUGGUGACCAUUAUGGGCCAUGUUGAUCAUGGGAAGACAACAUUACUAGAUGCAUUACGCAAGACAGAUAUUGUAUCACAGGAAUUUGGUGGCAUUACACAACACAUUGGUGCUUUCUCAGUGAAUCUGCCUUCGGGUGAGAAGAUUACAUUCCUGGACACGCCAGGCCAUGCGGCAUUUUUUGCCAUGAGAGCGAGAGGAGCUUUGUUGACGGACAUUGUGGUACUGGUUGUAGCAGCUGAUGACAGUGUGAUGCUGCAAACGAUUGAAUCCAUCCAACAUGCACAAAAUGCAAAUGUGCCAUUAAUUGUGGCCAUCAAUAAAAUUGACCAACCACAAGUUAACAUUGAAAAAACACGUCAUGAUCUUCUUACUCACAAUGUUACGGUUGAACAGUUAGGAGGCGACGUACCUUCUGUACCAAUUUCUGCUUUACAGGGGACAAAUUUACUUGAAUUGUGUGAGACGAUUGCAGCUGUAGCUGAAGUAAUGGAAUUAAAAGGUGACCCAACAGGCUUAGUAGAAGGCCGAAUUGUUGAAUCGCGGACUGAUCCUUACCGGGGGAAAUUAGCCACUGUUAUUGUCCGAAGAGGAACUUUAAAAAGGGGUGACUUACUUAUUGCUGGACAAACUUGGGUGAAGGUUCGUGCAAUGUUUGAUGACAAGGGUUUACCUGUACAAAAAGCUGGACCUAGCACACCUGUCGAAGUAAUAGGCUGGAAGGAUCUGCCAUCUGCAGGUGAGGAAAUGCUGCAGGUGAAAACUGAGCAAAGACUUAAGGAAGCUCUUAGCUGGCGGAAGCAACAAGAAGCUGAGGCCAAGAGAAAUACGGACCAAGCAGUAAUUGAUCAAAAACGCCAGGAAGCACGGGCAAUUUACGAAAGUGAAUUACAAAAACGUCGCGAGGCAGGCCUUAAAAGAUCAUUGAGGAAAAUGAAGACCAAAGAGGCCAUUUUAACACACGAUGGACCACAACUGUCAAUUGUUCUAAAAGGUGAUGUUGAUGGUUCAUUGGAGGCCAUUAUGGAUACUCUAGACACGUAUAAAUCAGAGAAAUGCCGUCUGGAUAUAUUACAUUUUGGUAUUGGCAACAUCACAGCCAAUGAUAUUGAAAUUGCCUCAGCCUUUAAAGGCAUCAUCCUGGGUUUUCAUGUGAAAAUGGAUAGUCAGGUAGCAAAGAUGGCGCAAUCUCAGAAAGUGCCAGUUCGAAUGUACAAUGUCAUUUACAAACUUUUUGAAGACUUGAAGGAUUUUCUCAGUGAGAGACUGCCAGAUAUAACUAAAGAAGAAGUCAUUGGCCAAGCUAAUGUCUUAGAAGUUUUCCAAGUGACCGUGAACAAGAAGAAGACCUUCAUUGCUGGAUGCAGAUGUACAAAAGGAAGUUUACAAAAAAAAUGUAGAUUUAAAAUUGUGCGAGGAGAAGAAGUGAUUUUUGACGGUGGCAUUAUCUCAUUAAAGCAUUUUAAGCAAGAAGUUGAUGUUAUCAAGACAGAUUUUGAAUGUGGAAUAUCAUUUGAUGACCAGAGUUUAGAAUUUCAACGCGGAGACCAAGUUGUCUGCUAUCAGGAAUAUCAAGUCACUCAGAGAAUUGAUUGGGAUAUUGGUUUCUGA